AUGUCGGGUAACUGGUCCAUCGUGCAGCUAGCUCCGCCCCCUCCCAACUCCUCCCAGUUCCCCCCUCUCUCAGACUGGGAGGCUCCCAGCUUCACCCGGGCCGCCCAGUUCCGUGUGGGCGCCACCGCGCUGCUCUUCCUGUUCGCCGCCGCCAGUAACCUGGCUCUGCUGGCGAGCGUGUGGCGCGGGCGCGGCCGGCGGCUGGCGUCCCACCUUCGCCCGCUGAUUCUGAGCCUGGCGGCGGCCGACCUCAUUAUGACGUUCGUGGCGAUGCCUCUGGACGCGGCGUGGAACGUGACCGUGCAGUGGUACGCCGGGGACGCGCUCUGCAAGCUGCUCUGCUUUCUGAAGCUGUUCGCCAUGCACGCCUCGGCCUUCAUCCUGGUGGUCAUCAGCCUGGACCGCCAGCACGCCAUCCUGCACCCGCUAGACGCUCUGAACGCACACCAGAGGAACCGGCGCAUGCUGCUGCUCGCCUGGAGCCUCAGCCUGCUGCUUGCAUCGCCACAGCUGUUCAUCUUCCGGGCCAUCCGGGCAGACGUCGCCGACUUCAUUCAGUGUGCCACUCACGGCAGCUUCAGCCGCCGCUGGCAGGAAACGGUUUACAACAUGUUCCACUUCAUCACGCUGUAUGUCGUCCCGCUGCUGGUGAUGAGCUGCUGCUACAGCCGCAUCCUGCUGCACAUCCACCUGCAACACCGCAGAAACACAGCAGGUGAGUCCUACCUGAGGCGCAGCGGCACUGACAUCAUCCCGAAGGCUCGGAUGAAGACUCUGAAGAUGACGCUGGUCAUCGUGCUGUCCUUCGUGGUGUGCUGGACUCCGUACUACCUGCUGGGCGUGUGGUACUGGUUCCAGCCUGCCGUGCUGCGCGCCACGCCCGAGUACGUCCACCACUUCCUGUUUGUGUUCGGGAACCUGAACACGUGCUGCGACCCCGUGAUCUACGGCUUCUACACGCCGUCGUUCAGGGCCGACCUGGCCGCCUGCUGCCGCCGCCGCCGCCGCCGCGGGGAGACACGUGACGCAGCGGUGCCGUCUCCGGACAGACUGGGUCCUCACAGCGGGGAGCACCAGGCCCAGCACGCCACCAACAACCAGGAAGGAGACUGA